AAUGCUUCCACAUAUAAAGCAGCUGUAUUACAGGAGUUUGGACAAGAUCUGGUCAUGCAGGAUUUAAAAAGAAAAGCAAUAAAACAGGGGCAAGUUAGAGUUGCAGUUCACAGCUGCGGUGUUAAUGCCUCUGACCUGCUAAUGAUGGAGAAUAAGUAUGACCAAGAAUUUAAGCUCCCAUUUGUGCCCGGCUUUGAAAUUUGUGGUGAAGUAAUAGAAAUCGGUGAAGGUGUACAGAAUGUGGCCAUAGGUAGUCGUGUCAUUGGAAUCAAUAAGGAAACACUUGGAGGCUUUGCUGAAGAAUGUGUCGUAUCACAGCAGGAUGUGUGGAUGGUUGACCAUGCAGUUGGUUUUGAUACCGGAGCUGCUCUGGUUGAUGCAUAUGCUACUUCCUUGAUUGGAUUACAGCGACGAGCUGGAGUCCAAGAAAACAGUACAGUUCUGAUCACAGCUGCUGCUGGCGGCUUAGGGUUGGCGGCAGUAGACUUGGCUGCAAAUGUUUAUAAAGCUAAGGUUAUUGGUGUCUGUGGGACAGAGGACAAAGCAGAUCUUGUUCGCAAGAAAGGUGCUUGGUCAGCUCUUAAAUACAAUAAGAAGCAUAUUCUGGCAAAGGUAAAUGAAGUGACGAAUGGUAAAGGUGUAGAUAUUAUCUUUGAUGCUGUUGGAGGAGAUGUCUUUAAUGAUUGCUUGCAUUGUGUGGCACACGAAGGUAGUGUCAUAGUUGCAGGGUUUGCCAGUCGUGUUAUCCCCCACAUUGAAACCAGUCAGCUGUUACCCAAGGCCGUCUCCUUGAUAGGACUCUCCCUCACACACUACCGUGAUGCAAACAACACUGUAUACAGAAAUUUUGCGACACCAGGAGACACCUCAGGAUUUGGGGUUGCAACAGUCAGGGGGCUAAUGACAUACUACUACUAUAUAGAAAGCCACUUGUUAUGCAGAGCAUAUCGGGCAAAUUACAUCAAUUUUAUCCCAGGAUGUGACCUACACCAGUCGACUAGCUCACAGACAAGUAGUGGAAGAUGUGAUAGAAAUGCAUGAAAUGGGACUUAUCAAGCCACAUAUAUCUGCCUUAUUUAAGCUGGAGGACUGUAAAUCAGCAUUCACGUUCAUGACAGAAAGGAUGUCUACAGGAAAAGUGGUUCUGGAAAUUCAAUAAAGAAGUCUCUAAAGUUAUGCAGUUUUUGUCUACAUUUUAAUUGGUUUGGAUAAGAAAAUAUUUCUUGAUAAAAUAUGUUGGCUAUGUGAAAUUCUACAAAUGAAGUUGGCUGAAACUGUGUUGAUUGUUGUUCCUUACAUACAUUACCAGUUUUGUCCAUAACAUCCGUGCUUUUGUAGGUGCCACUAACUGGAUCACAGGUAUUGUGACCACUGUAAAAUGACUCUUUGAAUAAAGACUUGAGUAUU